CUCGUCUGGCCAAUCGCAGCGCGAGGAAGCUCGCUCGCGCUGACCGCUUCCUGGUGCCCUACACUUAACAGUGCGCGAGAGUAGCAGCUUCUGCCUUCUCUGCUUUCUGCACCACGGUCAGCUCUCGACUGCCCUUGCGCUGGCUAGGCCAGAUACGAAACUGCAACAUGUCCAUCCUGAAGAUCCACGCUCGUGAAAUCUUUGACUCCCGUGGAAACCCCACUGUGGAGGUUGAUCUGUACACCAAGAAAGGUCUCUUCAGAGCUGCAGUGCCCAGUGGCGCUUCCACUGGCAUCUAUGAAGCCCUUGAACUCCGUGACAAUGACAAGACACGUUAUAUGGGCAAAGGGGUGAAAAGAGCUGUUAAAUAUGUAAAUGAGUUCUUGGCCCCUGCUUUGUGUAAUCAGAACGUGUCGGUCUUGGAGCAGGAGAAGAUUGAUAAGCUGAUGCUUGAUAUGGAUGGCACUGACAACAAGUCAAAGUUUGGUGCUAAUGCCAUCCUGGGCGUUUCCCUGGCUGUGUGCAAGGCUGGUGCUGCAGAGAAGGGCGUCCCCCUCUACCGCCACAUCGCAGACCUCGCUGGCAACCCAGAAGUCAUUCUUCCUGUCCCUGCCUUCAACGUUAUCAACGGUGGUUCCCACGCUGGAAACAAGCUGGCCAUGCAGGAGUUCAUGAUCCUGCCUGUCGGUGCUAGCAACUUCAAAGAGGCCAUGCGCAUUGGGGCUGAAGUUUAUCACAACCUGAAGAAUGUCAUUAAGGAGAAGUAUGGAAAAGAUGCCACCAAUGUGGGCGAUGAAGGUGGCUUCGCUCCCAACAUCCUUGAGAACAAAGAAGCUCUGGAGCUGCUGAAGAAUGCCAUUAGCAAAGCUGGCUACACUGACAAGAUUGUGAUCGGCAUGGAUGUGGCUGCCUCCGAGUUCUACAAGGGUGGCAAGUACGACCUGGACUUCAAAUCACCUGAUGACCCCAGCCGUUAUAUCAGCCCUGACCAGCUGGCUGACCUCUACAAGAGCUUUGUCAAGGAUUAUCCUGUGGUCUCCAUCGAGGAUCCAUUUGACCAGGAUGACUGGGAGGCCUGGACCAACUUCACUGCCAGCACUAACAUCCAGGUGGUGGGUGAUGACCUCACCGUGACCAACCCCAAGCGCAUUGCUAAAGCAGUGUCUGACAAGGCCUGCAACUGCCUUCUGCUCAAAGUCAACCAGAUCGGAUCCGUCACCGAGUCCCUUCAGGCCUGUAAGAUGGCCCAGUCUAAUGGAUGGGGUGUGAUGGUCAGCCAUCGUUCUGGAGAGACAGAGGACACCUUCAUCGCUGACCUUGUGGUUGGACUCUGCACUGGCCAGAUCAAGACUGGUGCUCCCUGCAGGUCUGAGCGUCUGGCCAAGUACAAUCAGCUGCUGAGGAUUGAAGAGGAGCUUGGCGACAAGGCUCGUUUCGCUGGCAAGAACUUCAGGAGGCCCAUCUGAAGCGGCAGCCGUCAUCAGUCUUAGUGUGUUCAUUGUGCUUACUCUCCUACACAUAAAGCCACGCAACGCCAGCUCCUGUAGAAUGGAGACUAGAUGGAAACGCAGUGAAUUCAAAGGUCCAGAUCUGUAGUCAAUGGCACAGAACACUGCUCUCCGUGACAGCCCUUGUCCCCAUCCACACAUAUGCUUUGGUAUCCAAAUAGCAUCAGUCCUUUAUUGUGUCUCUGUGUUGUGUGAGAGAACUUUGUUUAGCUUCUUGUGAGUUGUAGUGAUUCUGGUGCUCCACAGAGUAUUUUAGCGAAGAGCUAAAGCUGUUCACUGUGCUGCGGUGUGCAGCAUGAGUAUGUGUGCAUUGUGUUGCUUUUGAGAAGUGUUAGUUCUAUAUGCGUGGCAUAAUAAAAAAAUUAUCCCUAUUAAAAUGGAAGAGUGUGGGUAAAACUUA